UCAACGAUGACACGGUCAGUGGAUCAUCCUUGGACAAGAGGUGGUCCGCACGCACCGUGAGGUUGUCCCACGACGGGUUCGCGUGUGUGGUUGUGCGCACGAGCUCGCUGUCGAUUGAGACAGAGGUGGAAUGAUCAGCACGUGAUCUUGCGGCCGUGGAGAAGUCAUAAAAGCCAGCAGAGGAUGAGUCGCGCUCACACACACACACACACAACAAAAAAAAGAAGAGCUUGUGCAUCAGACCUUGUGCAUCCGCACCCAACCAAGAAGAUAACAUGGGUGAUUUUUUUCCUUCGCCAUCCGUGACGACAGCAACUGAUGACUUUGUCACUCAGGACCCUUUUGAUUACUCGGGCGACUACGAUCUGGGCCCCACCCAGAUCACCGGCAUGUGCGACAGGAGCUGGGUCAGGCAAUUCCGAGGCUGGUACGAGCCCCCCCUCUUCUGGAUCAUCUUUGUGCUGGGCGCCGUGGGCAACCUGAUGGUGGUCUGGAUCUACACCACCGUGCGCAACCGCCUGAAGACCAUGACGGACGUCUACCUGCUCAACCUGGCCGUGGCCGACCUCCUCUUCCUGUGCACGCUGCCCUUCUGGGCCGCCGAUGCCAUUAAAGGUUGA